AUGCCCUCCAGCUCCUUCAGCAAGUUUCCCGAUCUCCCGGCCGAACUCCGUCUCAAGAUCUGGGACGAGGCUACCGCCGGCCCCUCGAUGCACAUCUUCGACGUCUGCUUUCCUUCAUGGCGCGGCGGUGCUCGCAGUAAACGCGCCUUCCAGGCCGCCGACGGGACGAUGCCGCAGAGUAAUCACGAUAGGUGGGCCAAGUACAAUGAAUGCGUUUUUCUCGACGCUUUGGAAAUUGGCCCCGCAGAACUGGCGCGACAAACAAGGGUUGCUAGACACGCAUAUGAUCCAUCUGUUUACAGACUUCGUAAGACAAUGCGAUUGACGUGCUCCGAGGCAUCGGCGGCGGUGGAAAGGAGAAUGAGAGGCAAGAGGGUGAACACCGUCUAUCUUCCGGGUCGGAACGAGAGGAUACACUAUGGCAAUGAGGAGGACGUCCUAUUCCUGCGUUUCAGGGAUGGUGGAGCAAUUACGGAUUUGAGUCAAGGGGUGCUCUUCGGAGAAUUCGAGGCGUCGGGGAUGAACGACCUCACCGAUGUGCUCGAGGGCCCAUGGAGUGCCGAGAUGGCAGAGACGCUGCGUGAUGCGCAAUGUAUCGCUUUGGAUGUCGCGGAAACGUGGGCUCCGUCGGCAAUCGGGGCGGUACUCUUCGAAGAGAUUGCCUAUUUGGCUUGCUGUUUGCAACAAAACCUUCGGGUAUUGUAUUUGGUGGAUCAUUGCCACGGGCGCUGUACGCGGUGCAAGCGGCAUGAAACGAAGAUUUACCAGCUUCAGACGCGCAGGGCCUUGUAUUGGCAGCUUAACCAGGACAUAGACGAUGCUACGGCUAGAACGCCAGAUGUUAUACAUGGCGUCGGGAAGACGUAUCGCGAAGUGUUCGACUUUGAAGGGCUUGGCUGGUCGCAUGAGCACCCGAGUUAUGUGUUUGCAAAGGCGAUGGAUGAGACAAUACGCAGCCAGCAGGUGGACGCAGAUAAGCAAGAUUUCGAGGGAGUGAGGGUGUUGCUGGUCGAGGAUGAGGAGGUGGAAGGGGUGGACACAACCACACUGAUGGACUGCAACUUGAAUAAUACCUCCGAACGGUUUGCCGGAGAAGUCAUGGACAUGAGCUUGCGAUGGGCGGCCUGA